AUGAUGGCAUGUCUUUUCGCCUUCGGACUCUCGAUGAUCCUCUUAGCCCUGUCAGGAAGAGCCUUUGAUAAGGGCGGUGACCCGCCUCCAUCCUUUGUAGGGGCAAUGACAUCGCUUUUUGUCUUGUUGUGCCUGCUGUUGGUGUAUGUACGUGCAGCGCCCCGAGCACAUCGUCAGAUCGCCGACGAUCUCAAUCAACACUUCCAGGGGCAUGCAAGCAACUUGAGCUUCCAGAUAGUCGUGACACGAAAAAAUCCAUGUAACAUGGAGGCUGGAUGGCGACUCGUAGUGGGCUUUGAAACCAGGGCUGAUGCAAGCGUUUGA